GGGGAUCAUAAUUAUUUGAUGCCGGAGCUUCUGGUUUCUCAACCCCCCUUUUGUACACACGAUCCAUCUUUGAAUAAUUUAGCACAGGGAGCUAAAAAAGGUGGUCCCUUAAAACAGCAGGUACUUCCAAACUCAGGAGGCACACCACACGGAGAGAGCUUUAUCUCAUCUAGUCGUCCACCCACUCCUUACACGCAUCUCUUCUGUCGGGCUCUUGUACCCACGUUCUUCAAUCAAGCUGUAUAUCAAUCCAUUCUUUCAUCCAUCCAUCCUCACAUUCUUUUCAUCGCACCAGGGACCACGGUGUCCGCCCCAGGUAAGGAACUCCUUGGAUAGACUGACGAUCUCUCUCGACGUCCCCUCCUCAAUCAGCCAACAUGGAGGAACUCCAGAGAAAACUGAAUCAACGCUAUGAAGGCACCAAGCCCAGAAAGGUGAGGUUCAAGCUGGCGUCGUCCUACAGCGGUCGGGUGCUGAAGCACGUGUAUGAGGACGGUCAAGAGCUGGACAGUCCAGAAGAGAAAUACCCUCACAGCUUCGUUCACCGCAAGAUCCCUCCCAGCCACUUGGAGGUGGAGCAGCUCUGUGGGUUUGAGGAGGCUCAUGGGGACCAACCGGGUGUGUAUCCUCCAACGGGGCUCAUUGCCCAGAGAAUAAACGUGUACAGAGGAAUGGGAAUCUACAAGCCUGCUGCAGGCCAGACUGAGGAAGUAGAGGGAGAUGCUAAAUCCUCAGUGUUGGACUUCGGCAAGAUAAUCAUCUACACCAGCAAUCUGCGCAUCAUCAGAGCGCCGCAGAGGAAGCCUGAAGUGUUGCGGCACACAGUGCCUCCUGUGGACUUGGAGGGAUACCCAAAGGCCAGGGAGAGGGGGAGCAGGAGGAGGGCUAAAGCUCUUUGUAUGCUGGACGGGGAGGAGAAGGAGGAGAAACAGAUCAGCGACACAGAGACCAAGGAGGCCGACAGCUGCCAGCAUUGUCGCGGUUCGGGCUGCGCUCCCUGCUCUCUGUGUCACGGCAGCAAGCUGUCCAUGCUGGCGAACCGCUUCAAUGAGUCCAUCAGUGAUCUGCGUUGCCAAGCCUGCUACCCCCAUGGUCUGGAGAAGUGCCAGUCUUGCUCCAGCAAAUAGCACCGUUUGGCUGACACCCAUGGCUGAGAGUGAGUGAGUGAGUGAGUGAAUGAGAGUGUGUAGCUGUGAGUGAGUGUAGGCCCGGUGUGCUGUGGGUUUGACACAAUUGUCUCAGCGGCAAUAUUGCUAUAAUCCAAAGUGUUCUUGGUGGGGUGUUUCGAGGCACUACCAGGAAACAUAAGCCAUCAUUGGAAAGGGGAAUUAUGAACUGUGCAGCGGGUACAAAAUUAUAAAAUACAAUUACUGUGUGCAGUGAACAUGGCUGGUGAUAACACAAACACAUAAUCGCUUUUGUGUUGUCACAUUAUUUUGCAUCUGCGGCCUUCUUCCUGAUAAAGGCGGGCUCCAUGGCAGUUAUCAGUUUUAUUAAAAUGAUGCAAAACAUUUUGCCUUUUAGUUUUAUCUACUGGGAAUGCUGCCCUGUUCAUAUCUCCCCUCUCUAUUCACCAGAGAGAAUAACACAUGUUAUAUCCCAACAUGUUGUAUUGUUAGAGGGUAACUGAUGCUUUCUUUUUUUUUCAAAAUGAGGGGAAAGAGAGACUGGGAGAUGGAAAGACAGAUUAGGAACCACAGCCAGAAUGAAAGAUGAGUGAGUGAUUCAAAAGGAGACAGUUGAAUAAAAGGUAACACAAUAAGUUGUUUGAUCAAUGAUUUGAGAGCGUUCCACCCAAUAAUUGCGAAAUGCACUAAGGAGGGUGGUAUGAUGACACAAUAGCAGUCUUUAGCAUUGUGUGUUUAAAGCUACUGGUGUUAGUGAGGAAAUAACUUACACACUUUAUAAAGCCACAUUUUAAACACAACAUAUUGACUUGUGGUGUAUUACUUAAAGACGUUAUGAGAUAAAGAUAAGAAGAAAAGGAGAGCAGAUAAAUAAAUGACAAAAAUACUGG